GCCCCAGUACGGUCACACUGUUCGAAAGAGCGAGACGAAAAACACGGCAACACGGGGAACGGAAAACUCAGUGAAAAGUAAAUCGAAUAUUUACAAAACAAAGUAACCACAAAAUGGCCACGCUCGGUCGAAUUGCGUGAGCCAAACAAACAAUUAGCGGCUAAACGGUCGUGAUUAAUACACUUUUUGGCGGGACUAGGACAUUGCUUCGGAAUUUGGCGUGUUUUUCGGUUUUUCCGUGAGAUUAUUAUGUGCGUCUAACAAAAGACAAACGAUCGGUUCGCGUCAUCUGAUAUUUUUUGCGCCAAAUGUCUUAGGAUUCCGGAGAUAGUGCUUCCAAAAUAAGAUGGCUCUCGAGCCAUACAAAAAGUCUGCUCAAAUCGAACCUCAAUUGUGCCAAGUUAUAUCAAAUAAUGAAGAUGUGACAACGAAAGCGACGAAAUGCGCGACAUUUAACAAGGGAGUGGGAUGGCGACCUGUGCUGAUCGGCUUUCUACUGAUUUGCUUUGGCAUCUCAAACAGUUGGCAAUACAAAAAUGUUCACAUGCCCAGCUCGUCAUCCCUGAUAGCCAGUCCGCCGGCGAAUGCGUUCGUGAAUACGCCGGCCACCCUGCUCUUCACCACGCGCCACGACAUCCAGGUGGCGAACAUCACGAGGCCCACGGGCGGACCUCAGAUCGAUGUGAUCGUGAGGGACCUGGCCGAGGCGAUGGCCAUUGACUUCUACUAUGCGAAGAACCUGGUCUGCUGGACGGAUUCCGGCCGGGAGAUCAUCGAGUGUGCGCACACCAACUCCUCCUCCGCACUGCAGCCGCUCUUGCGGGCGCCUAAGCAAACUGUGAUAUCGACGGGUCUGGACAAGCCGGAGGGCCUGGCCAUCGACUGGUAUACGGACAAGAUCUACUGGACGGACGGCGAGAAGAACCGGAUCGAGGUGGCCACGCUGGAUGGUCGCUACCAGAAGGUGCUCUUCUGGACGGAUCUCGACCAGCCGCGAGCGGUGGCCGUGGUUCCCGCUCGCAAGCUGCUCAUCUGGACGGACUGGGGCGAGUAUCCGAAGAUCGAGCGGGCCAGCAUGGAUGGGGAUCCGCUUUCCCGCAUGACUCUGGUCAAGGAUCAUGUGUUCUGGCCCAAUGGAUUGGCGGUGGACCUGAAGAACGAGCUCAUCUACUGGACGGAUGGCAAGCACCAUUUCAUUGAUGUGAUGAGAUUGGAUGGUAGCAGUCGGCGAACCAUAGUGAACAACCUGAAGUAUCCCUUUAGUUUGACCUUCUACGAUAAUCGCUUGUACUGGACGGAUUGGCAGAGGGGUUCACUGAAUGCUCUGGAUCUGCACACAAGGGAGCUCAAGGAACUGAUAGACACGCCAAAGGCACCGAACUCCGUUAGAGCCUGGGAUCCAUCCCUGCAGCCGUAUGAGGAUAAUCCCUGUGCCCACAACAACGGAAACUGCUCGCAUCUCUGUCUGUUGGCCACGAACUCCCAGGGCUUCAGUUGCGCCUGUCCAACGGGAGUGAAGUUGAUCUCACCGAACACCUGUGCCAAUGGCUCCCAGGAGAUGAUGUUCAUUGUGCAGCGAACGCAGAUCAGCAAGAUUUCCCUGGAUUCGCCGGACUAUACGAUAUUUCCUUUACCCCUGGGAAAAGUCAGGUACGCAAUCGCCAUAGAUUACGAUCCGGUGGAGGAAUACAUCUACUGGUCCGAUGUGGAGACUUACACGAUCAAAAGAGCUCAUGCCGAUGGCACUGGAGUGACUGACUUUGUGACCUCCGAGGUGCGGCAUCCCGAUGGAUUGGCUCUCGAUUGGCUGGCACGUAAUCUCUACUGGACGGAUACUGUAACAGAUCGCAUAGAGGUCUGCCGAUUGGAUGGAACGGCAAGGAAGGUUCUCAUCUAUGAGCACCUGGAGGAGCCGAGGGCCAUUGCGGUGGCUCCUUCGCUGGGCUGGAUGUUCUGGAGCGAUUGGAACGAGCGCAAGCCAAAGGUGGAAAGAGCUUCGCUGGAUGGAUCCGAACGCGUGGUUCUCGUGUCCGAGAAUCUUGGCUGGCCGAACGGGAUUGCCUUGGACAUCGAAGCCAAGGCGAUCUAUUGGUGCGAUGGCAAGACGGACAAGAUCGAGGUGGCCAAUAUGGAUGGUUCGGGAAGACGAGUGGUGAUCAGCGAUAAUCUGAAGCAUCUCUUUGGCCUGAGCAUCCUGGAUGACUACUUGUACUGGACGGACUGGCAGCGUCGCUCGAUUGAUCGGGCUCACAAGAUCACGGGAAACAAUCGGAUUGUGGUUGUGGAUCAGUAUCCGGAUUUGAUGGGUCUGAAGGUCACUCGAUUGCGGGAGGUCAAAGGUCAGAAUGCUUGUGCCGUGCGGAAUGGAGGAUGCUCGCAUCUCUGCCUGAACCGUCCGAGGGAUUAUGUUUGCCGAUGUGCCAUAGACUACGAACUGGCGAAUGAUAAGCGGACUUGUGUGGUGCCAGCUGCCUUUCUUCUUUUUUCCCGCCAGGAGCACAUUGGUCGGAUCUCCAUUGAGUACAACGAGGGUAACCACAACGAUGAGAGGAUACCCUUCAAGGAUGUGCGAGAUGCGCAUGCCUUGGAUGUUUCUGUGGCAGAGAGGAGGAUUUACUGGACCGAUCAGAAGAGCAAGUGCAUCUUUAGGGCCUUCUUGAAUGGCUCUUACGUUCAGAGGAUUGUGGAUUCCGGUUUGAUUGGACCCGAUGGCAUUGCUGUCGAUUGGUUGGCCAAUAAUAUCUACUGGUCGGAUGCGGAGGCGCGACGAAUCGAAGUGGCUCGCUUGGAUGGCAGCAGUCGGAGGGUUCUCCUCUGGAAGGGAGUAGAGGAACCACGAUCCCUCGUUUUGGAACCGAGAAGAGGUUACAUGUACUGGACGGAAUCUCCGACGGAUUCGAUUCGACGAGCGGCGAUGGAUGGAACCGAAUUGCAAACUAUUGUAGCGGGUGCAAAUCAUGCGGCGGGACUUACUUUUGACCAGGAAACACGACGUCUCUACUGGGCCACUCAAUCCCGGCCAGCGAAAAUCGAAAGCGCCGAUUGGGAUGGCAAGAAGCGGCAAAUCCUAGUUGGCAGCGAUAUGGAUGAACCUUAUGCGGUUUCCCUGUAUCAGGAUUAUGUUUACUGGAGCGACUGGAACACCGGUGACAUCGAAAGGGUGCACAAGACGACGGGUCAGAAUCGCAGUCUGGUCCACUCGGGCAUGACGUACAUCACCUCUCUCCUGGUUUUCAAUGAUAAGCGGCAAACCGGAGUGAAUCCUUGCAAGGUGAACAAUGGAGGUUGUUCGCAUCUCUGUUUGGCUCAACCGGGAAGACGUGGGAUGACCUGCGCCUGUCCCACCCACUACCAACUGGCCAAGGAUGGUGUCUCCUGCAUUCCACCCAGGAACUACAUAAUCUUUAGCCAGAGAAACAGCUUUGGUAGACUGCUGCCGAACACCACGGAUUGCCCGAAUAUUCCUCUUCCUGUUUCUGGAAAGAAUAUUCGAGCUGUAGAUUACGAUCCCAUCACUCAUCACAUUUAUUGGAUUGAGGGCAGAAGUCACAGCAUUAAGCGAUCGCUGGCGAAUGGCACCAAAGUCAGUUUGCUGGCCAAUUCUGGGCAGCCUUUUGACCUGGCCAUCGAUAUCAUAGGACGUCUGCUCUUCUGGACUUGCUCCCAAUCGAACAGUAUUAAUGUAACCAGUUUCCUGGGCGAAUCCGUUGGCGUUAUUGAUACCGGUGAUUCGGAGAAACCUCGCAACAUUGCUGUGCACGCCAUGAAGCGUCUGCUCUUUUGGACAGACGUGGGCAGCCAUCAGGCAAUCAUUCGUGCCCGGGUCGAUGGCAAUGAGCGCGUGGAGUUGGCCUACAAACUGGAGGGAGUCACAGCUUUGGCUUUGGACCAGCAGUCCGAUAUGAUUUACUAUGCUCAUGGCAAGCGGAUCGAUGCCAUCGAUAUCAAUGGCAAAAACAAAAAAACCCUGGUUUCCAUGCACAUCUCUCAAGUAAUCAACAUCGCCGCUUUGGGUGGCUUUGUCUAUUGGUUGGAUGACAAAACCGGAGUGGAACGCAUCACAGUCACCGGUGAACGUCGAUCGGCUGAGUUGCAGCGCCUGCCGCAGAUCACGGACAUCCGUGCUGUGUGGACACCGGAUGCGAAGGUGUUGCGCAAUCACACCUGCCUGCACAGCCGCACCAAGUGCUCCCACAUCUGCAUUGCCAGCGGCGAGGGAAUGGCUCGCACCCGAGAUGUCUGCUCCUGCCCCAAGCAUCUGAUGCUGCUGGAGGACAAGGAGAACUGCGGUGCCUUUCCCGCCUGUGGACCGGAUCACUUCACUUGCGCAGCUCCCGUUUCGGGAAUCAGUGAUGUGAACAAGGACUGCAUACCCGCCUCCUGGCGAUGUGACGGGCAAAAGGACUGUCCGGACAAGUCGGAUGAAGUGGGAUGUCCCACCUGCCGGGCGGAUCAGUUCAGCUGCCAGUCGGGCGAGUGCAUCGACAAGUCGCUGGUGUGCGAUGGCACCACCAAUUGUGCAAAUGGUCAUGACGAAGCCGAUUGCUGCAAGCGACCAGGGGAGUUCCAGUGUCCCAUUAAUAAGCUGUGUAUUUCCGCCGCCUUGCUUUGCGAUGGCUGGGAGAACUGCGCCGAUGGAGCCGAUGAAUCCUCGGACAUUUGCCUGCAGCGUCGCAUGGCUCCUGCUACCGACAAGCGCGCCUUUAUGAUUUUGAUUGGCGCCACCAUGAUCACCAUCUUCUCGAUUGUCUAUCUGCUGCAGUUCUGCCGCACGCGGAUUGGCAAGAGUCGAACGGAGCCGAAGGAUGAUCAGGCCACGGAUCCGUUGUCGCCAUCAACACUAAGUAAAUCACAGAGGGUUUCCAAGAUCGCCUCUGUGGCGGAUGCAGUAAGGAUGUCCACGCUGAACUCGCGAAACAGUAUGAACUCCUACGAUAGGAAUCACAUUACUGGCGCAUCGAGUUCCACGACGAAUGGCAGCAGUAUGGUGGCUUAUCCCAUCAAUCCGCCGCCUUCGCCGGCAACAAGAUCAAGGCGUCCGUACAGACACUACAAGAUCAUCAACCAGCCACCGCCACCGACGCCUUGCUCCACGGACAUCUGCGAUGAGUCCGACUCGAACUAUACGAGCAAGUCGAACAGCAAUAAUAGUAAUGGAGGAGCCACGAAGCAUUCAUCCAGUUCGGCGGCCGCCUGCCUGCAAUACGGCUACGAUAGUGAGCCGUAUCCGCCGCCGCCGACGCCGCGCUCGCAUUACCACAGCGAUGUGCGCAUUGUGCCGGAGUCCUCCUGCCCGCCAUCGCCAUCCUCGCGGAGCUCCACGUACUUCUCGCCGCUCCCGCCCCCGCCAUCGCCCGUUCAGUCGCCCAGUCGGGGCUUUACGUAACAUUUCGAGAUUUACAUGUAAGGCGAGUGGGAGAGGAAGAGGAUGCGCGCUAACAUAUCACUUUUCGUUUUAUGAAUUUUAUUAGUUUCACAACACUAGUUUCUACAACUGAUUUGUAAAUAUGUAUGUGUGUUUAAAUUGGUCAUUUAAGGCUUUAACUAAUUUUAAUCUUAGAGCUUAGAGAGAGCGUCCAUGCCUGGAGGACUUAUCCGAUCUCGUUAAGUUUCAUUUUUGCCAGAUAGCCCGAAAUAGAUUGCAGUACAAUGCAUUGCAACCAUGCGCAACAAUAGACUGCAGAUUUUUUGUAAGCGAAAUGCAAUUAUUAGCAAUUAACUUAGGUCUAAACGAUGUAAUAUUCGAUAAGUGAGUCUUUUGAAAUUCCGUGUGCCAAAUUUUCCGAAACCUGACAGAAAAUCCGCAAUUGAUUUAACCCCUACCUACGCAGCUAUCAUUUAAAUGCAUUUAACACGUAGACUUAGUUUAAUGUUUAGUUUUAAUGUGUAAAUAGAUAAUUCUAUUAUGAAAGCAAUAUUGAUAAAAAUGCGACUAAUUCAACUGUCUUCUUAAUUGUUAUAAACACCAAAAAGUGCCUCAGUAAUACGUGUGUUUUAUUGUUUAUUCUUAAAUUCUCCUAUAUCAUUUAUUCAUAGAUAAUACAAAUGAAUAGCUAGUUAUUCAUACGACGUAGGUUUUGCAAUAAAUAAAUUGAAGUAAAUUCAUAUUUAUAGUUAAUUUUAGAAAACGUAAUUUGUAACAAACAAACAUAUAAC